AUGCAGGGUGAUAUCUUUCAGCUUGAGCAAAUGGCAGCCACUCAGGUUGUCGCUCACGUCGAACCCAGCACAGUUCCAGAAGACACUAAGAUCGAUCCUCAGGUCGCCAUCUAUAAUGAAGACGACCUUUCACAUUUACUCUAUGUUAACCAUCUACACCGCAACGGCCACAAGGACAAGGUUAUUGUCAACCACGUCUACCGUGAUGGCUACACAACACCAUUAGAGUCCCUGCCAUCGGGCAUACAGACACCCGAAUCAGAUACCAACGAAACUCCUGUUUUCAGCGACUGCGAUUCUGACUUUGACGAAGGUGUGUACUUACCAUCCUCAUUGGAUCCCUUUUCCCGGACUGGUCCACUAAGAUUUGAAGACGGCUUCGAAUUUCCCGUUUUUCUCGGCAGACAGGAGGAGGAGACGUCGCAUGUCACAGCGCCCGUAUCCGAACUAGACGCCCGGCCCAAGCAGGUCCACAUAGCUACACCGGAGGAACAUCACAUCUCCAACAUCUCGGGGCCGCUGAUGUCAUGGUGGCCCGCCUCGGAGGACCUAAUAGAGCACGAAUGGAUCGAGGAAGAGGCGGUUGAAUACAAGGCCCCUAAGAAGCCAUUGCAACAUCAGCACGUCUCCGACAUUGAGGGUCCCUUAAUGUCCUGGUGGCCUCUUCCGCUCGAGGUGCUGGAACACGAAUGGGAUGAACGAUUCUACGAAUGA